AUGCGGAAACCUCUACAAAAGGAAGAGGCCCAACUUGACGAUGAGGCCAACGACGACAGAGACCACGCGGUCGAUGGAGAUGAAGAAGCACACUUACUAAGAGAAGAGAUGGAAUAUGAAGACACUGUUCCUCCAGCAUCGAAGAAACUGCGUACGCGUCGACAACGCUUUCUGGAUUUUUUACGCGGGCCGCAACCUCCUCAGAUUCAAAGCAUCGACCCGUAUUUCCCAUGGAUUCAAAACGGCCCGGUUGAGUGGCUUGAAAGCCAGAGACUCAACAGACCCAUCUCACUCGUUGCUGUGCUCCUUCCCUGGUUUCUCAUCUUCGCCUGGUUCUUGACCGCCCAGCUACCGCUGCAAGACGGAGACGGCAACAAUGUAAUCAACCUGGGCUGUGUCGAUACAUUGUGGGGGCGCAAGAACGAGUGCGGAAUCGACGGCAUCGACUGUCGUCCGUUCAGCAACCAUUCUUUUGCUUUCCAAUGCCCUGCAAAGUGCAGAGAUGUACAGCUUCUAAAUCCGCGCACUGUCGGACCGGUUCAAGUCAACUACCGUCCUUUGGUUGUCGGAACGGGACUUUAUCGCGGCGACAGCUUCUUAUGCGCCGCAGCCAUCCACGCGGGAAUUGUCGAUGAUCGCCGAGGCGGCGGUGGUCGUGUCAAGCUCAUGGGAGGCCAUGACAAUUUUGCUGGCACAAAGCACCACGGUAUCGAGUCUAUUCCGUUUGACUCGUACUUUCCGCUCUCCUUCUCCGUCGUUUUCGAUGACAAAUUUCAGCCACCAGCCGAUCCGCGCACAGCCCUGCUUCCCAUCACGAUCCUCUCUACAGUUGUACUCGCCAUCUUUUCCUCGUCGCCCAAAAUCUUCUUUCCCAUAUUCACCCUCAUCUUCGCCCAUGUGAGCUUCGUCUCCGAUCCGCCGCCGGCAUUGCAUCUCAACACGACGGUAUUACCAGAUCACAUUUCAGCGUUCGCGAAGCGUCUGUUGCCGGCCAUGUUCGUAAUGGUGGUAAUGUACUCCACCACAAUCAAGCGGACGUUAGCUGGGUUGAGCGCCCACAUCGAAAAGGCCGUGUUCUGGCUCGGAGGCUUUUGGAUCGGCGCAUUAUCAAAUUAUACGUUUGACUGGAUCCCAAUUUCGCGACUUACCGCUCAUGAUCUCGAGCAGCAGCCUGGCGCAAAACUGGCGUUGGCAAUCAUCGUCUUGGUAUUGGCUGUGAUUGUUGUGGGUCAAGCAUACUGUUUCUGGCUCGAAGGCCGCCUGAUCCGUUAUCUGGGCCUGUAUGGCCUGUUCGUCCUGGCAAUCAUUGUCUGUCUUGUGAUUCCAGGCGUCAACUUGCGGAUCCACCAUUACAUCCUGGCACUUUUGCUGCUUCCUGGUACAAGUCUUCAGACACGGCCUUCGCUGUUCUUUCAAGGCCUCUUGCUUGGUCUUUUUGUGAACGGCAUAGCGCGAUGGGAUUUUGAUUCUGUGUUGCAAACUUCUGCUGCUCUGCGUGCCGAUGCAAAAUUCGAGUCGGUUGUCCCCCAGAUAAUGGAACCGCUCAUUGAGGUAGAAAAUGAUGCUCUAUUUGUGACGUUCAACUUUACUAGGCAUCCACUUGAUGUUGACGGUAUGAGUGUCCUUGUAAACGAUGUGGAGCGCGCCCGUGCCUUCUAUGACAAUGAAGGUGAUGGAAUUUGGGAUAUCUUUGAAUGGAAGAGAGAUGUGGAUAGUGGGUUGAAUGAGUACUUUCGGUGGGCCUAUAUACGGGGCGGUUACACCCUGGAUUACUCAAAACCAGGAACAUUGUUUGCAAACGGUAGCUGGAGUUCUGAAAUCUACGGCAUACUUGUCAACGCUACCGCAGCUCUUGCGGCACUUGAUUCCCGACAGAACAAGAACUGUCCUGCUCAGCCUACCUGCCCCCGAUGGAACAGCUGUCUCUCCACUGCCACUAAUGGUGGUGUCUUCAAACUGAACUGCGCCACUGACUUCAAUGGUCCCAUCAUUGGUAUCGCCCAGGCCAACGUUUUCGUUGACUGUGCCGAUGCAUGCGCUCGCCACACACACUGCACUGCUUUCAACAUGAAGGACAACUUCUGUUACCUUCUCGGUAAGGAUGUUGGCGCAGCCCGUAUAUCGACCGAUCGUGUCAACGCUGGCACCCAAGCUAAGCCAGCGACCGAGUUGGAGCCCGCUCCCGGCAGCUCCAUCUGUGAGACUGAGAUCAACUGUCCCCACAACGACUACUGCCGCUUCAACACCAAUGGCCAGUCCUAUAUUAGUCGCUGCAACUACGACUUCAAUGGUGGCGACAUUGCUAUUGCACAAACAAAAUCACUCACUGAGUGCGCAAAUCUGUGCUCGCUCUUGAAGGGCUGCGUUGCUGCGACUUGGGUUGGUGGGAUAUGCUAUCUCAAGAAUGACCAGUAUAAGGUCGUUUAUAACCCUAAUGUCGAUAGUGUUUAUCUUGAACACUGA